ACAAAAAAAAAAUAUACACCAUCUGACUUUUCCAGUCACAGGAAAUUUAAAAGGCCCCCUUUUUUUUUGUUGUUCCCCUAUUUGAUUUAUAUUUCUUGCAAAAUUAUGGAGGCAUUGCGCAAACGGAUCUCGGGCCUCUUCUUCAAGGCCGAGCCAUCGAAUCCUGAGGAGCCAAAUCCCAAAGAAAUCCUAGAGUUCGUGGAGAAGCAACAGCGAGAGGAACGCGAGAAAUCCUUGGAUGAAACAGGCUUCGCUAUGGAUCAGAUCAAAUCUCUGCCUAAUCGUGAAACCCCCAGAGAUUCCCUGGAACCAUUAGCUUCCGAGGAGAAUCCUUCGGAGGAGGGUUUCCAUUUGGGGCGUUUCUUGUGGCCGCGUGAACCCAGGGCAUCCAGCUCGGAUGCCAUCGACUACAAUCUGGAGUUUGUGCACUUUGUGGAGAAAAAUUCGCCCAAGGGCUUUCCACAGAAACUCAACGAUAUGCUGCCAUAUAUGGGCGCGGGUUUCGUUGCCUGGCCAUCCUAUUGGAUGUGGCGUGGCUUCCAGUGGCAGCACAAAAAGCAAACGGAACGGAUUGGAUUUUAUAUACAAAGGACCUACCAACAGGCGAAACUCAUUCAGGUGGCCAUUCUGGCCACAGGUCUCAUAAUGGCCUUCACGGGUCACCAUUCCGGGAACAUACUAAAGGUCCACGAUGUCGACUAUAAGGGCAAGAACAACCAGGACGUCGCAGACUCGGGCUAGAACCACACUACAAAUAAUUAUGGGGCUUUGGAGCUAUUUUGGGAGUUUG